CAAACGAAUUGCUGCCGGGUAUUCAUUUAGUGUAAAAACUAUUGUUAAAGAAACAUUCUAUCACCCAAGCAUUGGUGCUUAGAGGUCACAACGAAAUACCAACAACAACGACGAAGACAACAUCAUGCCUCCCAAGAAGCAAGAAGAACCCGAACGUAAACCAUUGAUUGGCCGUAUUGGUACGAAUCUUCGUAUUGGUAUUGUUGGUGUUCCCAAUGUCGGUAAAUCAACAUUCUUUAAUGUUCUGACCAAGAGUGCUGCUCCAGCAGAAAAUUUCCCUUUCUGUACCAUCGAUCCCAAUGAGAGUAGAGUUCCCGUGCCCGAUGAAAGAUUCGAUUUCCUUUGUGAAUAUCACAAGCCAGCUAGCAAAGUUCCUGCAUAUCUUAAUGUUGUCGAUAUUGCCGGUUUGGUAAAGGGUGCUGCCGAGGGUCAAGGUUUGGGUAAUGCUUUCCUCUCACACAUCAAUGCUUGUGAUGCCAUUUUCCAUUUGUGUCGUGCCUUCGAGGAUCCCGAUGUAACACACGUUGAGGGAGAGGUAGAUCCCGUGCGUGAUUUGUCAAUUAUUUCCGAAGAAUUGCGUUUGAAGGACGAAGAAAAGUUAAUGCAAUAUUUGGAAAAAUUGGAAAAGGUUGUCGCACGUGGUGGUGAUAAGAAAUUAAAGCCCGAAUAUGACUCUCUGCUGAAGAUCAAGGGUAUUUUGGUCGAUGAGAAGAAACAUUUGAGAUUUUCCGAUUGGAAUGCUCAUGAUAUUGAAAUCUUAAACAAAUAUUUGUUUUUGACUUCGAAGCCAUGCAUCUACUUGAUCAACUUGUCCGACAAGGACUUCAUUCGCAAGAAGAACAAAUGGUUGCCCAAAAUCAAGGAAUGGGUUGACAAAAAUGAUCCCGGUGCUGUUAUGAUCCCCUUCUCGGGUGCCUUCGAACAGGCGCUGGCCGAAAAGGACGACCUCGAACGCAUCGAAUAUGAAAAUGAAACCAAAUGCAAGAGUCAAUUUGAUAAAAUCAUUGUAACCGGUUACAAGGCUUUGCAAUUGGAAUACUUCUUCACAGCCGGUGCUGAUGAAGUCAAGGCAUGGACAAUUCAAAAGGGUACAAAAGCCCCCCAAGCUGCCGGUCGUAUUCACACCGAUUUCGAAAAGGGUUUCAUUAUGACUGAAGUUAUGCACUUUAAGGAUUUCAAGGAGGAGGGUUCCGAAGCCGCUUGUAAGGCUGCUGGUAAAUAUCGUCAACAGGGCCGUAACUACACAGUGGAAGAUGGUGAUAUUAUAUUCUUCAAAUUUAAUGCUGGUGCUGGUCUCAAGGAUGCCAAGAAGAAAUGAUGCUGUUUAGUGAUGAUUUUAUUUACAAUGUUUUAUAUUAAUUUGAUUUUUUACUCGCAAAGCUUCUUAACGCAAUAAUGAUGAUGA